AUGUUUCGUCCCGCCGUCCGAGCACUUGCCCGAACGCCUGCUGUCGCAGCCCGUAGCCCGGCGAACACCCGAUUGAUAAGCACCGGCCCGACGAAAUCCAGAAGCUGGAAGAAUACCGUUGCCCGUUUGGGAUUGGCUGGUGGUGCGAUAUACUACUACAACACCAGCAGUGUGUUCUCUGAGGAGCCGUCGUUCUCCGUCCUCGCUCAUUUCCAAAAAAAUGAAGAUGAUGCCUCGAAAUCCUCCCAGACCCUCGACUCCAUUACCCCCAAGAUCCGGGAAGAGCGGGCCGCUGCCCAGGCUCUGGAAGGUGGUGUGAACGCCCAGCAACUUGAGGAGGAGGCCGGGCAGCAAGCCGCGUUUAACCCGGAGACCGGCGAGAUCAACUGGGACUGCCCAUGCCUGGGUGGCAUGGCGCACGGCCCAUGCGGAGAGGACUUCAAGGCCGCGUUUAGCUGUUUCGUGUAUUCCGAGGAGGAGCCCAAGGGCAUAGACUGCAUUGACAAAUUCAAGAACAUGCAAGAUUGCUUCCGUCAACACCCUGAUGUUUACGGUGCCGAGUUGGAAGAUGAUGAGGUUGAGGGUGGUGCGCCCACCAAAUCUCCUUCUACUGGUGAGCAGGAGACUUCCAUUCCCGAGGAGAAGCCUGCUCAGGUCGAGGAAGUCAACAGUGAGGUGAAGGCAAUUCCUGAGGCCGAUACCGACUCGCUGGUUCUCAAGGCUUCACAUGAUGAGGAGAGCCAGGUUCAGACCGAGAAAUAA